ACUCAGCAAGAGUCCUGAUUGAUUCUGGUUCGCAGACAUCAUUGGUAACCGAAGCCUUUGUUCGGAAGCUGAAGUUACCUCGCCGGAAUGGGAAGCUCGUCGUGAACGGUCUUGGCCAUCAGGAAAUGGGAACAACGCGUGGGUUGGUUUCUUUGCGCAUAGCAUCUCGGUUCAACAACAACGUAGUCCUGACCACCGAAGCCUACAUUCUUGGGAAAUUGACCACCACAAUCCCAUCUCAGCGGUUCAACUGUUCCAAUAUGAAGCUUCUCAACAAUCUAGGAGAAUUGGCGGACCCGCAAUUCAACCGACCAAGUGCAAUAGAUAUCAUACUAGGGGCUGACGUUUUCUAGCUCUUCUAGAGGGAGGACAAGUGAAGAACGAAAGUGGCCAUACAGUGGCCCAACGUACAGUGUUCGGAUGGAUUGUCGCUGGACAGUACGAUGCAUCAGGAACCACACAAAGUAACCACACCAUUGUGAACCUGCAUGUUGAAACGGAUCUAAACCGGACCUUGCAGCAGUUCUGGGAGCAGGAGGAGAUUUUCAAGCCACCAUCGCUUACUCUUCCUGAGCAGCAGGUCAUUGAACACUUCAAUUCGACCUUGCAACGCGAUGAAACAGGGCGCUUUAUCGUCAGACUUCCGUUUGAUGAUUCGAAGCCGGCGCUCGGCGAUUCUCUUGCCGUAGCGGUAAAAAGACUGAAAUCCAUCGAGAGACGAUUUACACUCGAUCCGGAGUUCAAACGUCAGUAUACAUCGUUCAUGCACGAAUACAUGGAACUCGGCCACAUGGAAGAGGUUCCAUCCAAUCAAGUGGAACGACCCAGCAGCGAGUGUUUUUAUCUGCCGCACCACGCCGUUAUCAAAAAUGACAGUUUGACGACAAAAUUACGUGUCGUUUUCGACGCCUCCUGUGCAUCAUCAUCGGGAGUCUCGCUGAACGAUAGACUGUUGGCGGGACCAAACAACAACUCUGACCUUUUUGAAGUAUCUUUGCGGUUCCGUUCUCACCGAGUAGCCUUUUGUGCAGAUGUUACCAAAAUGUAUCGCCAAGUUUUGGUACAUCCAAUGGACCGUGACUUCCAACGCAUCGUUUUCCGCGAGGAACCGGAUCAGCCAAUCAGACACUACCGGCUGUGUACUGUAACAUACGUAGAGGCUAUCAAGCGCAACUUUUACGUCGACGAUUUUUUAUCCGGUGCAGAAGACGAAGAAAAGGCAAUCCAGCUGAAAAACCAAGUGGUCGAAAUUCUUUCCUCGGCUGGUUUCGAACUCCGUAAAUGGUCUUCGAACAACAAAAAUCUUCUGUCAAAUAACGACAAUGAUAAAGCUACCCCGGUUCCGGUGAAAAUGUUGAAUGAUAGCGAGACUGUGAAGGCACUGGGAAUCAACUGGUAUCCAUCCGAAGACAAAUAUGGAUUCAAGGUCAACUUCUCCCCAUUUAAUGUCAAUACUAAGCGUCAGAUGAUUUCAGACUCAGCAAGACUUUUUGACCCGUUCGGUUGGUUGGCGCCAGUAACGGUUAAAAUUAAAAUUCUCUACCAGCAACUUUGGCUCUUCGACGUCGCAUGGGAUGAUCCAUUGCCAUCCGUUGUUGGAAGUGAAUGGCAAUUUCAUGGGUUUUCGGACGCAUCCGAGCAAGCGUUUGCUGCUGUCGUAUAUGCGAGAACAGUUGAUGAAGAGAACAAUGUGUCGGUGGUACUUGUAGCUGCCAAAUCACGUGUGGCGCCAAUCAAGCAAAUCUCUCUACCUCGACUGGAGCUUAAUGGUGCACAUCUUCUCACGGAUCUGAUGCGCAGCAUUACCGAGGCUUUGCCUAAUGUGCAGGUUGAACAUUUUGCAUGGACUGAUUCGUCUAUCGUUCUUCAAUGGCUGAGUUCUCAUCCUCGUAAGUGGAAAACCUUCGUGGCGAAUCGGACUGCCGCUAUACUAGAAUACCUUCCACGGAGCUGUUGGCGACACGUUGCUAGUAAGGAAAACCCCGCUGAUUUGGCAUCGCGUGGUUUGUUGCCGACUGAAAUUAUUCAAAGUCAAUUGUGGUUUCAAGGAGCACCUUGGUUAAUAAAGGAUGAGUCCGAAUGGAAGCAAGAUCCACCGCUGCAGCCUGUCGAUGAAGAAGUCUUGGAAGUAAAGCGGAUUAAAACUUUCCAUUCAACAAUGUCAAAAACUGACUACGAAAUUGAAAAGCAGCUGAUCACCGAUUGUUCCAGUUUUUCGCUUAUGGUACGCACGUUGGCUACUGUGCAUCGUGCCGUACAAAACUUUAAGUCUAUUGGGCAUAAUCACCAAACCGGCGAGCACCAUACGGGUGAGUUAAAUCCAGAUGAACUGCAUCGAGCGAAGGUUAAACUGCUGCAAGCAGCUCAGCACGACGAAUACAAUCAAGAGUUGGAGCUACUUAGAAGGGGUAAGUUUUUGCAACCCAAGCACAAUAUUUCUGCCCUGCAUCCUUUUCUGGAUGCUGAAGGAACCAUGCGCGUCGGCGGCCGUUUGCAAAAUUCAGCUCAACUGUAUGACAUGAAACACCCCAUCAUACUGCCUCAAAAGCAUCGAGCUACGGAACUACUAGUGCGUGAUUUACACCUUCGUGAUCUCCAUGCAGGCUCUGCUCUGUUGACGGCAACCAUUCGUCAACACUAUUGGAUAGUCGGUUGCCAGACGGUAGUUCGUAAGGUGGUUCAAGGAUGUACACGAUGUGUACGUCUUAAGGGAAAAACAGCUAGUCAGUUGAUGGGCAGUCUACCACCAGCCAGAGUGCUCGCCACACGUGCCUUUUCACAUGUUGGUGUGGAUUAUGCUGGUCCUAUCCAGCUUAAAGCAACGUGCGUUCGCAGAGUCAAAGGUCACCAAGGGUACAUCGUCGUGUUUGUGUGCCUCUCAACUCGUGCUGUACACUUAGAAGUGGCAAGCGACCUUUCAGCUGACACGUUCAUUGGAUCUUUGAAACGUUUCAUCUCACGCCGUGGUUAUCCUGUUGAGAUUCGGUCGGACAACGGGACCAAUUUUGUUGGUGCUGACCGUAAGUUGCGUGAAUUUUUCGAACAGAUUCAUUCCUCCAGCAAGAAUGCCAGUCGCUAUUUUGGCAAUUUGGGUAUCAACUGGAUUUUCAACCCGCCCUCGGCGCCACACAUGGGCGGAAUAUGGGAGGCCGCCGUGCGAAGCGUUAAGAAGCAUCUCCUAGCUGAGCUUGGUGAAACAGCAAUCACUUUUGAGCACAUGUCUACGCUUUUGUGCCAAAUUGAGUCAUGCCUGAAUUCGCGUCCAUUGUGUCCCUUAUCAAGCGAUCCUGACAGCGCCGAAGCUUUGACGCCAGGGCAUUUUUUAAUUGGUCAUUCCAUGAAUCUUGUUCCUGAGCCUGAUGUGAAACAUUUGCCAGCUAAUAGACUUGAUCGAUGGCAAGAAGUGCAGCAACACACUGAAAGGAUUUGGAGUAGAUGGAAGGACGAAUAUCUGACAUGCCUUCAACCUCGCAGCAAGUGGCGUACUGCUCAGCCCAACAUCACAGGGGGCCAGUUGGUGCUGGUAAAAAACGAUAACGCUCCUCCCGCACAAUGGGAGCUAGCUCGAGUAGAGAUGGUUCAUCCAGAUGCAUCUGGAGCUGUGCGUGUGGUGACGUUGCGCAGAGGUUCAACUGUAUACCAACGACCAAUCCAUAAGCUGUGCAUCCUUCCGACAGAUUGA